AUGGCAAGCACGUCUGCAAUAUCGUCAGGAAUCUUUAAUCAGCCUGUUGAUAGUGAACCUAAUCCACUUGAAGAGAAUAGAUAUGCUCGAUUUGUGAUCCAUUCAAACCAUAAAGUUUUCUCUCGAGCCAUCACUUCGUUAUCCAAAUUGGGUGUUGAUCUGUAUAUAGAACCCAAUGAACUAGGAUUAUCAAUCAAAACGUUCAAUAAAACCAAGAGUGCUUAUGGCCUUUUCCAAUUCUCUAGCGAAUUUUUCUCAGAAGUAGACGCAUCCAUUUUCUCAGAAGAUGAAUCUAGUAAUCGUCUCUGUCGCAUAUCCAUGAAAUGUGCUCUUUCCCUUUUUAAAGGUCUCCAAUUUAGUGAAAAAACGUUUGUUUCCUGUGAAUUUCGAAUUGAUCCUUCGUCUGAUUUCUUCAUCGUACAGCUACUCUAUGCCUAUGAUGUCUCCAAAACAUUCGAAAUCAACUUGCUGGAGACACAAACCUCUUUUAGAACCACAGUUGACAAAACAACUCUUCAAAACUUGACGAUUGUGACUCCAUCUAUCCUCCAUGCGAUUCUGCAUUCUCUGGGAAGUAGUGAAGAGAUGAUUAUCCAAUCUACGGAGAAUGAAUUGAUUCUCAAAAACUAUCUUGCACACGACGAUGACAACCGGAGAAUCGUGAAAACUCAAGCCAAGCUGUCGACUACUCAUUUGGAGAGACAUAAUAGCGUCAUCAGUACGGAAAUCGCAGUCAGCUUGAAAGAGUUCAUGGCGGUUCUUACGUUCGCCGAUCAAAAUAAUGCUAUUCUAAGUCUAUAUUAUGAUGUGCCAGGGAAACCUUUGGUUGUCGCUCUUGAGGGGGACAUCGUGUACUCGGCUGAGUUCAUAAUAGCCACAGUCGAAGCUGAAAAUCCGGAAGUCCAUGAACAUCGAGAAAUUACGACACAACAGAUCUCAAGACACAAUUCUCAAACAAGCAGAAAUUCAACCCGAAGGUCGAGGAUUUCCAUUCCCGGCCCGUCCCAGCCCAGAAUCACAGCGCUUUUUCCACAAAAUACUGUUGCAAGUCCUCAGCAGUCAUUAAGAGGAAGAGAACCUCCUCUUGUGUCGACUCCCAAUGUCGAAGUUGAAGUUCAGCAAGAGGAGACUGUUGAAGAAGAGGAAAAUGUUCCCCAGGUUGAGGCCAUGGAAGAAGUGGAAGAAGAAGUAUAUGAAGAUGCCCCCGACAUUCCUGCCAACAAUGAAGAAGCGGAUGUAAUUAAUCCUUCUCAUCUCACUGUCCCCUCACAAUCAACUACUAAUGCUCUAGUAACUCAAACUGCCCCAGUGGUCGCAGAUAUAGGCGAAAUGAAUGAAAUCACGAACGUUAGCCUGUAUCCGGAUCCUGCUCCGAUGGAAGUAGAUGAACAAGUGGAGAAAACGAUUAUGAACGAAGAAGUGGAGGAUUUGCCUGAUACGCCACCUCCGUCUGAUCAACGUCAUAUCCUGUUUGGGCAGACGAAGCCAGAUAUCAAGGAAAAUAAGAAAAUACGAACAAACUCGUUCCGAAGGUUCUUCCUAGGAGGAGAAAUGGCUACUCAACAUGAAAGCCAAAAGAUGGAAGACAAAACGGUUCUAGCGGAAGACACGGAUGGGGAAUGGGACUAA